UUGACUGAGCUAUGUGUCACGCGACAGAACUGUGACACUGUUUUUCUGUUGACACCCAGUUCUCUUUUCAUAAAGUUCAGCUUUUAGACAGUACAAACGAAACAUUUGAGCGGUUAGUAUGAUCUAGAUUGAUGGAGACAACCGAAGACCCCUGGGACGUGUUUCUGUCAUUAAAGGUUUGAACUCUUAAAAAUAAGGAAGAAACUCCAUUCCACUAAGUUGGGCGAGAAUGGCUAACAACAGGGACGCCAAUGAGAGCACCCCUCUUUUGGACUCAGACACUGAGAGCAGACCUUCACCACCGUCAGUCUUCGAGGGAAGAAGACUGGCAUGUGCGGCCAUCCUGCUGGCCGAGUCACUAGAGAGGAUUGCUUUCUAUGGCAUAACGUCCAACCUGGUUCUUUUUCUGAAUGGUAGUCCUUUUUAUUGGGAGGGCACUCAGGCGAGCCAGGCACCACUCAUGUUCAUGGGAGUAACUUACCUGAUUUCACCAUUUGGAGGCUGGUUGGCCGAUGCAUACCUCGGAAAAUUCUUGACCAUUGCCGCAAGUUUGGUUCUGUACAUUUUUGGCAUGCUGUUUUUCCCUUUUAUUUCAAACGAGGGCACCAGGAUACACCUGUGCGGGGAAGAAAAGGCAUUUCCUGUGCAGCCUGCUGAGUGUCUGAACACAAACGUUACCACUCCAAAAAACGUUACCUGCCCCAUUCGUGCCCCAUAUUGUGGCCCAGCAGUCUAUGGUGGACUUUUCUUAAUUGCCUUAGGUGUGGGUACUGUGAAGUCUAACAUCACUCCAUUUGGGGCAGAUCAGGUCAAAGACAGAGGACCAGAGGCCACUCGCAGAUUUUUCAACUGGUUCUACUGGUCUAUUAACUUGGGUGCCAUCCUGUCACUGGGAGGUGUGGCCUACAUCCAGCAAAACGUUAGCUUUGAGGUUGGCUACAUCCUUCCUACUGUGUGCCUUGGGAUCUCUUUCCUGGUCUUUCUCCUGGGACGUAUGGUUUUCAUCAACAAGCCCGCCGAUGGAAGUGCCUUUACUGACAUGUUCAAGAUCCUGGCUUUUGCCUGCUGUUCACAGAAACCAGUGGAGCCAAACCUGCUCCGCAAACCGGCACUACUGGACCGUGCCAAAGUGACUUAUGGAGGGAAAUUUCCUGAAGAGAAAGUAGAGGAAGUCAAAGCACUGGUGAAGGUCCUUCCAGUUUUCUUUGCUCUUAUUCCGUACUGGACUGUAUACUUUCAGAUGCAGACAACGUACAUCCUGCAGAGCCUCCAUCUGAAGAUUCCUGAUACGACCCCAAACAGCACUUCUGACUUCUCUAAGAUGACGUUCCGCUUCCCGCCUGCUUGGCUCACCAUGUUUGACGCAGUGCUCAUUAUCAUGCUGAUUCCCCUGAAGGACAAAGUGGUGGACCCGAUCCUGAAACGGCGCGGCCUGCUGCCCUCCUCCCUGAAAAGGAUCGCAGUAGGGAUGUUCUUUGUCAUGUGCUCGGCCGUGGCAGCGGGUAUUUUGGAGACAAAGCGCCUGGAGAUCGUCAAAUCCAAUGGUACCAUUGACCAGAUGCUUGGGAGCGUCAUCUACCACGCAGCAGAUUUGGCCAUAUGGUGGCAGAUCCCUCAGUAUGUGCUAAUUGGAAUCAGCGAAAUAUUUGCCAGCAUUGCAGGCCUGGAGUUUGCCUAUUCUGCAGCCCCCAAGUCCAUGCAGAGUGCCAUCAUGGGGCUUUUCUUUUUCUUCUCUGGGAUUGGAUCCUUUGUGGGCUCCGGAUUGCUGGCUAUUGUCUCCCUCAAGUCAAUUGGCUGGAUGUCAUCCCAUAGAGACUUUGGUAAUAUCAAUGACUGCUCUCUGCAUUACUACUUCUUCCUCUUGGCGGGGAUCCAGGGCGUCACAUUGCUGGUGUUCCUUAUUAUCUCGGUCAAGUACGACAAGCAGAAAGCCAAAGCAGGGCUUCAGCAGCAGAGGCGCGCUUCCUCUUGACCCAACACGACUGCACAUUCAUAAACUUCCACUACCGUCACCCCCUCGUCAGAUCGCUCAGUGCUCUAAGAACCCCUUACUAAUUAUAAUACAGCAGUUUGAGCGACCCAUUUCAGAAGAAGUUGUAACUGUCAUAACUACACCCUUUUUUAUGUAAGAUUUAGUUUUAAAGUGCUUUGGAUAUCCAGUAAUUUCCAGAUUUCCUGGUAAUGGGUUUGAAAUCACCGGGUGACUGCAGCGAUACCACUUACAGUACAGAGAUUAACUAUUCAUACUGUACUUGCUUACUUCUGUGUGCGUGUCUGCCCCUGUUGCCUUUCUUUGAUCAUUUGCACUUAGGAAACGGUGCCAUAAAAUGUGAUCCCUUUGAAUAUUUUCAAAGUUGUUUUACAGUUCGAUAUUUGUGUUUGUGUUAUCUAACAGAGACAGUUCAUUUCACUUAUUCCGGUACGACACAUCAGUAUUAAAAUCAUUUAGGUCCUUAACCUUAAUCUCGGGUAUUCGUGCAUUAAAUGUUCUCGAGAAUCAGCACUAUUUCAUUCCCACUCACGCAGUAUCUUGGAAGAGAUCGCACCAAAAGGGGAAUUGGUUUUGAUGGUAAUUUUGAAACAGUCCCUUAAAUUAUUGCUGUUCAAGAUACCGAUUGUUGGAGAAGAUUUCAAACAAACACACAUUUUUUGUUUGAUCAAUCACUUUAAAGCCACUUUAAUCUACCCUGUAAAUGCUCAGAUAGCACUCUACAUGACUCAUACAUACAUACAAACAUACAUACAUACCUCCUCAUGUCAGAAAUACUCCACAACUCCUGUGACGCUUCGGUUUUACAUUUCUGGUCAAGCUGCAAAAUUGAAUAUCUUCAAUGUUAGAUUAACAGAACCCAACAAAAAAAUCUAUCUAUAUUUAGACUUGUGGCAUUAAUGCUCGGAUCACAGUGAAAUGGAUGCAUAACAGUUAAAAAAUGUAACCCAUUCACAGUGAUGCCAUCUCAGUACUGAGAAAUUCAUAACAUUUGUGACAUUAUUUAUAUUAUUUCACAUCAUUUGCUGUCCAAAACUUUUACGAUGUUAUCACGGCUUUGCAGCUUUACCAGAAAUUCUGUUUUGUUUCGUUAUAUUUAUAAGACUGUGAUUCAUUUGUUUUAGUUUUAUACUAUUAAGUGUGUGUGUGCAUGCGCGUCUGUGCGUUUUCAAUCCUCAGAAUUAAGCCGAACACAUGAAGGAAGAAAACUCAGGGCUCUCUAGGAAUAGUGUCAUGUGACAUAAAGCUCCUGGAAAUGUAAACCUGCCUUCGGGAGCUCAGAACAGUCGUCGUCAUUUAUGAUCCGAACUAAAUGAAGUUACGUUUGCGUUGUUGUAUAAAAUAAAAUAAAUAAAUAAAGCCAGAUUCUAUCUCACUGACAGUAUGAAACACCUCUUCAAGUGAUUAUUUUUUUCUGUUUGCGUUUAUUUGAGCAGAUAAUUAUGUGUUCUUGUUCUAUUGCUUACUGUAUGUGUAAUUAUGUUGUCAUCUCAGUCACAUCGAAAAAAAAGUCCUGUUACAUUUCAGUAUGGUACAGAACUGUGAUAAUGUUUUGUAGUGUUAUGUGUUCCCAUUAAUAAAGUGUAUUAUUUUGUGACUUUUCUUUGUCAUUUUCAGCCAGUGCCUAAAUAAAGAAGAA